AUGAAGAAGGAGCGACCGAGGACGCCGGAGACGUUGAAGGAGAUGAUCAAGAAUUGCGAGAAAGACGUGGAGCCGCGACAGCCGAAACAGAACGCCAGGAGUCGGAGAAGGUCACAGAUCAGCAAGGAGCAGGUCCAGCAGGCUUUCCGCGAGCAUCAGGCUAGAAGUGAGGCUCAGAAGAGCUCUCAGGAAGGUGGAACUCAGGAGAAAGCUCAGAAAUCUUCUAGUGAGCCUCAAGAACAGGUCCAGCAGUCCUAUAAGAUGCCUCCAGCUCAAGAACAAAUCUUCAAUAAACCUCAGGCUCAAGAGCAGGUUCAGGGGUCUUUCCGCGUACCUCAAGCUCAAAAUCAGGCGCAGCAGAGCUUCAGACAGGCUCAGGCUCAGGAGCGGGUCCAGGAGUCCUAUAAAGCUCCACAAGUUCAAGUGCAAGAGGAAAAUUUCCGAGCUCCUGAACAAUCCUUCCGUGUGCCUCAAGCUCAACAGCAAGUCUUCCAGAAACCUCAGGCUCAUGAGCAGGUCCAGAAGUCCAACCAGCUUCCUCAGGCUCAGGAACGGGUUCAGGAGACUUUCCAAGCACCUCAAACUAAAGAUAAGGUACAGCAACCCUACAGAGCCCCUCAAAAUGCCGUCUUCCGGAAACCUCAAGCUCAUGAGCUACUCCAACAAUCUUACAUAGUUCCUCAAGGACAGGGACAAGUUCAGCAAACCUACCGAGUUCCUCAACCGCAGCAGCAAGUCCAAAAGUCAUUCCAAGUACCUCGAACUCAAGAAAAGGCUCAGGAGACUUACCGAGCUCCUCCAGCUCAAGACCCAACCGUCUCAGAAGCCGCCGUCGCUGAGUCUGUCACCCUUGACGUUUCUAUAACUUCACACAAACCGCCAGAAAUCCGAGAUGGGAAGAUUCACUGGACGGUUAUCCAUUCACCGAAGACGUCGCCAGUUGGUCCAGCUCCACCGCGGAUCACGACGUCGAAGCCGGAGCCUGAAAUUAGAAGACCUAUCCCAGUUCUGCCCAAUAAUUCGGAACGAUCAAAGAAUUCUUAUUCUGAACGGGAGUUGACACGACCUCUUCCAGUUCCAGCCGCACCUGUUGUUAACGUUUCAGCUCCAGAACCCUCAAUAGCUUCUCAGAAAUCUCCGAUCGAAAUUUCGCGAACGUCAAUUCCGAAGCCAUUCACCUCAAGUCAAGCUCCAAAAAAAGCUGUCUCUUCUGUUAACUUUUCUGAAGUAGAACGACCGUCUGAACUGAAAGAAUCUUCAGUUAGUCUGAAACCAUCUGCUGUAGAAACUGCAGACUCUAGUACUUCUCCCAUUCCAGUAGUUCGGCUGCAAAGAAGGCGCGAAAGUAAGGAAGAACCCCUGCCGCCGACGCCGAUGGUCCAAAAUUCCAAGGAGCAACCGAAACUCACGGCCUCCCCGGUUCCUUUCCCAUCGGUAUUGAGACACCAGCAGAAGCUGGAAGAGCAGAAGCUGAAGCCGGCCUCCCCUAUCCCAUUGAUCCAAGUCGAGAAGAACUCUUCGGCUGAGGAAGACACCACUGAGUCGGUCAUUCCGAGAGAGCCGGUCUACCUGAAAAAACCGCCACCGAAAGUGCUAAAGAAGGUUGAUUUCUCCAGAGCCACGGUCAUACCGGACACGAAUCGGUGGGCCGACAAUGCUGACAUCGUCGAUGAGUCGGAUAUUCUGACGGAGGCGUCGAGGGACGAGGACAGCAUCUCCUUGCCGAAUUUCGAUUAUAAGACCACGGAAUUCUUAAGAACUUCUGCGGUGUAUGACGGUGAUGAAUCUGAGAUGAUUGAUAAUAAAAGCGACGUCGCCAGCACGCUGGACAUGGACGAGGAGCAGGAGCAGGACCAGGAGCCUGAGCCUGAGCAGCGACAUCAGAAAGGCACUUCUUCUUCCUCUCAAGUGGCGCCAGACGCCGAAAAGCAGUGGCGACAAAGAGCCAUGGAACUGCUCGAAGACGACGCUCAGACCGAGAGAGAUCUGAUGAUCGUGGCGGCCUUGAACGAACGUCUGCAAGGACUACGAGAGAUGGAAGAUGAGGAUCGAUUGAGGGCGAUUGAAUGCAUCGCCAGACAUCAGAAUGACCUCGAACAGACCCAAACGCAGCUGAGCUCACUUCUGGAGAGCGCCAUCGUCUAUCUCCAGAAUCUGGGGGUUACUGGGAGUGGGAAGGAGGAGAAUGAGAACGAGAAUGAGGAGGAAGAUGAGGUGACGGAACGGCCACCGACCCCGCCGCAGAGGAAGUAUUUCUCGACGGAUGUCAAGACGGAGAGGUUGGUUCGAAUGGCUUUUUUUAGCUUGGCUAGAAGGGGCAGGGUAAAGUCUUCUUUUUCUUUUGAGAUCAAUUUUUGGAGGGUUUAGUUUUUUCGGCUGGACUGUAUUCAAAAAAACUUGUCUGGACUAUUUUUUGACUUACAAGACCUUCUAGGGCUACUCAGUUUUCUACAUAAUUUCCAACUUUUCGGACCUUUUCCUUGCCUUUUCUUUGUCCUGAGACAUUCCAAAUGCGACCAGUAGAUUUGAAAAGAAGGUGAUUCCGAAAUUGACAAAGGUCAAUGAAAUAUGGGCACCUUUUUUAAACCUGUGCUGUACUUUUUCAUGUCCUUGUCCUUGUCCUUGUCCAUGUCCUCAAUGUCUUUUAGUUUGCUUGAUGUGCUGGAUGAGUGGCAGUCGAUCACGUUCAACAACAACAACCUUCACGACCACCAACGCCAACCCGAAGGUUCUUCAGUGACGAUUAGAAGCGGCAGCGACAUCGUCGGUCGGCCGCAGUGGCAGCGCGACGAACGCGACGACGUCGUCGAAAGGUCGAAGACGUUCCUCGCCGAGCGGCUCGCAAGGCAGAUGAACCUUGGCGACGAAAACGCGACCACGAACGAGCGACGUGGUAACGUUUUGUUGAUUGCUGUGGUUCUAAGUGGUCAUUGUAGGGAUAAUUGUUGUUUGUUGAUUGCUUUGGAAUUCAUUCGUAGUGGUCACUCUAGGGAAAUUUUGAGUGUUGAUUUUUGUGGAAUAAAAUCUGAGUGGUCAUUCUAGGGAUAGAGGCCAAGUGUUGAUUGCUGUGGAAUUUUUUCCAAGUGGUCAUUCUAGGGAUAAUUGUUGUUUGUUGAUUGCUCUGGAAUUCAUUCUAAGUGGUCAUUCUAGGGAUAAAAUGUGUGUUGAUUAAAGUGUAUUUUAUUCGAAGGGGUCACUCUAGGGAUGGAUUUAGGGAUAAAUGCCAAGUUUUAGGGAUAAAUGCCAAGUUUUGGUUUCCGUGAGAAUUAUUGCAAGUGGUCAUUUUAGGGAUAGAUUUUGAGUGUUGAUUCCCGCCAAUUUCAUUCUAAGGGGUCAUUCUAGGGGUUUUUUUUAAGUGUUGAUUGAAGCGUUUCCAUAGAUGCUUUUGGAGAAAAACAGUUUUCUGAUGUCAUUUUGAAAGUUUUUGUUGGUUGCAGUGUCGAUUUAUGUUGAAUAGUAGUGGUCUCCUAAGUGUACUUGAAACUUGUAACUUUAGAGGUUUUUGUCUGUUUGAGUGGCCUUUUACGUUCUAAGUUGCUACUUCUUGGCGUUUUCUGUGGUUUGAGCUCGAAAUAAAGUUCAAGAGGAAAUAUCUACAUUUUUUUUCCUUGAAGUACAUUUUUAGUUGCACUUUUUUAGGCGGAACCUACACGAAAACCGUCACGGAGCAAACGACCGAGCAGCGACGGCCUUACACCGGCCCGGGCUCUGGCCAGGAGUUCCGUGGAACUGUUAGUUAUCAUUCUUGUUGUUUAAACAAAUCCUAAGAAGAAAAUUGUAGGGUUGUGUUCAGAGUUUUUUUUUUCGAAAAAAAAAACCUACACGAAAACCGUCACUUUUCUUCUAAAGUAAAACUUGAUGAAGUAGUUAAGUCUCUCCGGUCUGAGUUAUGAGAAAGUGAAAAAAUUAACCCAGGAGCCUCUGGAAGGAAAAAAAAAAUCAAAUGGAAAUAUAGAUCAUUCGGGUCAUUUUUUAAUCAUUAAAUUAUCCUUUAAAAAAGAGUUUUAGGGAUCCCUGACCACCACGACUCAACAUCAAGGAGGUCGAAUUCCGUUCUGCGAGGCCUGCAAACAGCAGAUCCGGUUAGUAAUCAAGAAUAAUUGAAAUUAAGAAACAGAAACAGCUUGGAUAGGUGUACUGUUCACACUGCAAGAGUUACUGGAGUAUUUUGAAACGCGGUCAAGUUUUAGUUGAACUAAUUAGGCUCUUUUCCUAUUUUUUAUCAUUUUGAACUUUCUUAAGGAUAGUCAUAUUCAAACUAAUCACCCAGGCUAAUCAAGGGAUAGGUAAUCAAAAAAAAGGUUGGAAGGUGAAGGCUAGCUACUCAGGGGAAAGUUGAGAAGCUUCUACGUUCGCUUCCUCAGAAGUUGUUUUGAAGCUUUUCAGCAAGUGGGAAAAUGCCUUCCCACACACUUUCCCAAAACCUUUACUUAACUUUUAAAAGCCUGCUGGAUGGUUUCUCGCAGGCAUUUUAUGUUUUACCUUCUGGCUUUCAUUCACCAUCCAACCACCUGCUGGUUGCCUUCCCAGGAUUGGCCUGAGUACAAGGUCUUUAGAGGGCCUUUAGAAGGUUGCUAGAAGAUCCCUGGAGAUUCCUUAAAAGUUUUCGAGAAGCCUGUCAAAAACAUACCAGUUAUGCAAUUUUCAGAAUCAUGGAAGUACUGGGAAAAUUUUAAGUGGCCACUCUAGAGGCUCGCCAAGGACUACUUGGAGAGGACACUAAAGUGGCCACUAAACCCACCUCUAUAGUGGCCACUAUUUUCCGUUUUAGUGGCCACUAUAGAGGUUCUCCAUUUAGUGGACACUCCAGUAAAUUUUCUUCCAGUAACUCUGAUAAUUUUAAAACAAACAGAUUGGACCAGUAAUGGUGAUCCAUUGACCCCUAAAGUGGCCACUAAAAUUUUCAGUGGUCUAGUAAUAACACUUAGACCUCUAUAGGGGUUACCAAUUUUUAACCCCUCAAGUGGCCACUAAUUUGACUGCUAUAGUGGUCACUUAAAAUUUUCCCAGUAUUGAGGAGUUUUUUUGUCGGUUCGCAAAACUGUCGUUGAUCAAGAACGGUGCGUAGAACAUCACGUAUCUCUUGAGACCAUAGUAGCUGACUGUUAAGCUUUCCAACAAUCAGAAGCUUCUCAAUGAUAUUUGAAAAAAAAAACUCAAUUAGUUAAUAUUGAUUGAUUUGAAGCGGCGCGUUCGUCCUGGCGACGGGACUCGCCUGGUGCCCGGAACAUUUCGUCUGUGCGAACCGCGCCUGCGGACGUCGCCUCCUCGAGUGCGGCUUCGUCGAGGAACGCGGCGAGAAGUUCUGCGAAUCGUGCUUCGAACGCGACAUCGCUCCCCGUUGCGCCAAGUGCAUCAAGGCCAUUGUCUCGGUUUGUCGCGAUUUUUCGACUUUUUUGGAAUAGAUGUCACUCUCGUUGACUUUUCAGCGUUUUCUGGAGGUUUUUUUUUCUAGUCAUGUUUUCCUCCAUUUUCCAGGAUUGUCUGAACGCCCUGCAAAAGAAAUGGCACCCGACCUGCUUCACCUGCGCCCAUUGCCAGAAGCCGUUCGGCAACAGCGCCUUCUACCUGGAACAGGGCCUGCCUUACUGUGAACGAGGUUGAACUCCAAUCCGUGCUUUCAAUAUAUCUUUCCCUUUUGCGUAUAGUCUGUGUACCACGACUUGGAAUUUCACCGAACGACAUUCCGCUGUUCCGCUGUGCGCUUUUAAUUUUUUUUCUUUUAUUAAGGUACUCUAGUUUCAUGUGCUCCCACAGCAAUAACAAUCAAUUGAAAGAGUGACCUAGGUUCGAAAAACGCUUCGCGACCGCACGCAGCGGAACAGCGGAAUGUCGUUCCGUUAAAUUUCAAGUUGUGAGUACCGAGAUUCAAAAAAGAAAGUGGCAAAUAAUUCGAAUUUGCCCAAUUUUUAAAAAUUGAUGAGAAAUAAACAGGAAAAGUGGUUUGAAAAAACGACGCAAGAUCUCGAACAAAAAUGACGUGAAAACAAUUGCGUCUGCAUACACCGUUGCUUACACGCGACGGUGCAUUGCAGACCGUGUCAUUAAAUUCUUCUUGUGGUCAGAAUUUCCUCGUUAUUGCUCAAGCUUUUGAGUUUGUGAAAAAUGCUGCACUCGCCACAAUUUGUGAGGAUCUGACAUGUCUGCGCCUUCUUUUCUCUCGCUGAGAAGGACUAGAGAGAAAGAGGGCGCAGAUAAGUCAAGAGUCGUUUCAAAUUCAGUUCAUAGUGUUCUGAAAAAUACACUUUUGCAGACUGGAACGCCCUGUUCACGACGAAAUGCGUCUCCUGCACCUACCCGAUCGAGGCCGGCGAUCGUUGGGUCGAGGCCUUGAACAACGCCUUCCACUCCAAUUGCUUCACCUGCACUGUGAGUUUUGGAGAAAAGGAACUACAGAGACUUCUGCGUGACUUAGUCCAACUAUUUUUUUGUUGAUAACUUCAAAUUUUUCCCAAUAUUGAUCAUUUAGAGAUCUUAUUCUACUCGGAAAGGGUCUGGGGCUUCCCAGAAAACACUUUGAAGCUUUGGAAUAGAUAUUUAGUAUCUUUGUAAAACCUCAAGAAGUUUAUUUUAGAGACCGAGUUUUUCUUCAUAUCCUCGAUCCCCUUUAUCCUUUGAGACCAAACUUGACAAAUUUCAAAAUUUUGACCUCUUAGUUGGAUCACCUAUAACUUAGUUCCUAUUUGACCUAAGGAGGUCAAACCGAGUUUUUCCUGAUCUCCUUGAUCUCCUCUACCGAUUGAGAUCAAAUAUGACAAUUUUUUGAGAUUUUGACCUCUUAGUUUGAUCACCUAUAGCUUGGUCCCCAUUUGACCUACGGAGGUCAAACCUGGCCUCAGGUGUUUUUCUUGACUAGAUCUAUCGAUUGGUAUAAAUUUCGUCCAAAUUGGCUUCCAUGACCUCAGAAGCUCAAAAAAAUCCGAAGGGGUUAGACUGCACUUUUUUCGAUUUUACCGAAAGUUAAAGUUUUCAAGAUUUCCACAUCAAUCGAUAGGGAAUGACGUCAGAAGUCCAAAUAAUUAGGUCAAAAAGUUUCUGGGCUACUAGGAACAAAGUUAUGAUUUUUUGAGGUUUGACUUUUUUCGGAAAUUCAUAUUUUGAUUUAUAGGAAGUUAGGAACUUAGAGACCCACAAAAUCCGAAGGGGUUGUACUUUUUUCGAUUUUUCCGAAAAGCAAAUUUUUCGAGAUUUUCACAUCAAUCGAUAGGAAAUGAUUUCAGGAGUUCAAAAAAUUAGAUCUAAAAGUUCCUGGGCUUCUGAAGCAAUUGUUAGGUACUCCUUAAAAUGAUAAUUUUUGAGAUUUUUCAAAGCUGCAUUUUCCUAGGAACGUUGAGACUUGGUUUUUUUUUUGUACCUUUCGACCUUUUUUGAUUUUGACAUAUUCUGAAACGCCCUCGUCAGCCUUUUUUCAAUUAUCGAGCGAUUUUCAGAGCUGCCACCACAACCUGGAGGGCGAGAGCUUCUUCGCCAAGAACGGCCUACCCUUCUGUAAGCUUCACGCUUGA